AUGUCGUCCAUGUGGUCGGUGGCGUCGUAUGGCACCAUGGUUUUGUUUCUGGUGCCAGUGCUGGUGGGCAUGUUGAUCCUGCCCGACACACCCAGCGUCCAGGUGGACUUCCAGCCGUCGCGGCUGCUGGGCCCGUCGCUGAGAUCCGAGCGCUUGAGCCCGACCAGCCGUGCGUGCGCAGAGAAGCCCCGGGUGGUGGUGGUCCUGUCCACCUACCUGGGCAGCGCAUCGCGGCUCCGGGAGGCGGUGACGUCCUUGGCGCAGCAGAGCUGCCGCCCGGACGCCGUGCUGGUCUUCGUGAGCGGGAAGCAGAGCAAGAAGCUGGCAGACCCCAAGCAGGACCUGGUAAAUCGCUCGGUGCUGAAGUCGAUCCAGGCGUUGGAGUCGGUGGAGCUUCGGGAGAAGGAGGGGCCCGCGCUGCUGGCGGCCCUGGAGGUUGAGCAGGAUCCCGACACCUGGUUGAUCAUGGCGGAUGAUGACACUGUGUACCAUGAGCAACUCGCGUAG